AGAUUCGGAGGGGUUGAAGCAUUUCUUGCACAGCCAAAAGCACAUAAGGGACAUAAAUAACGUACGAUACCCUUUGUUCGGAGUUUAGUCAACUCUCUCGCCUUUAAAUCAUUAAACGAGGAGCCGCACUUCUCCCCGUUAGCCUUGCAUUCCUCGAAUUCCUCCAUUCUGAUGUCAGAAGGGACGGGACCUACGUAUCUGAUUUGGACCUAUGCGCUCCCCGGUGCCCCGGAGUCGAAGAGUCGACGUGUGUAAGCAAAGAUAACCAGGGACUUGGUGAAAGUUGAAGGCAUACUUUUAAUUUUGGCACAAGGAUCACUAUACCUUUUUUUAAUGUAUGGCGCUGUAUGAACUUCACUCGUAGAAAAGAAGAACCAAAAAAGUACAGGGUUACAACUUUGGACUUUCUUUCUCUUUUUGAACGUUUACGAGAUUUGUGGAGUUUCUUUCUUUAACUUUUAGAUUGAGUUAAGAGCGAGGUAAUGGAAACUAAAGCUAUUUCAAGGACUUAUCUUUUUCCACGAGUUUGAGGGGCCCGUUCCACUCCGUCGAACUCAAAGAAUUUCUUCAUCCAAGACCAAAUUAUAUCGGCAUGUAGCAGACUCUACGCUCCUGCAACCUUCCUUCCUCUUCGUCACCUCCGGACGUUACCAGGAAUGGGCCUUCGCCUUCCCAGGGUGCACUGCUUUGCCCGGUGUGGGCGUCACGUGAGGGCGGGGCAGGCGGCACCGCGGCCCUAAAGCCUGGCCCCCUCUCUCUCCCCCCCCCCUCGCCAGGGACCUGUGAACCUUGACCCCAGGCCCCCCGGACCAGGGGAGUCAUGCCCUUCAGACUGAAGCUACGGCGCACGAGGCGCUACAACGUCCUCAGCAAGAACUACUUUGUGACGCGGAUACGUCUGCUGGACAGCAACGUGAUCGAGUGUACUCUGUCAGUGGAGAGCACGGGGCAGGAAUGUCUGGAGGCCGUGGCCCAGAGGCUGGAACUACGAGAGACCCACUACUUUGGGCUGUGGUUCCAGGGCAAGGCCCAGGCCCAGGCCCAGCGCUGGGUGGAGCUGGAGAAGCCGCUGAAGAAACAGUUGGACAAGUUUGGGAACGAGCCCCUGCUCUUCUUCGGGGUCAUGUUCUACGUUCCCAGCGUGUCCCGGCUGGAGCAGGAAGCCACCAGGUACCAGUACUAUCUGCAGGUGAAAAAGGAGGUUCUGGAUGGUCGCCUCCACUGUACCGUUGAGCAAGGCAUCAGACUGGCAGGCCUGGCUGUGCAAGCUGACUUUGGAGACUUCACACAGUUCCUGUCUCAGGACUUCCUCAGGGAGUAUGUCCUCUUCCCUGUGAAGUGGCCCAACGUAGACGAGGUGCUGGAGGAGUGGACUCACAAAGUGGCGGAGGAACACAAGAGUCACUGUCGAAUGCAGCCUGCCGAAGCAGAGCUGUUGUACAUUAAGGAGGUGGAGAAACUAGAUGGCUUUGGGCAGGAGAGCUUUGCUGCUAAGGACAACUACACCAAUGACAUCUUCAUCGGUGUGUCCUUCAUCGGAGUUUUCGUCAAACACAGGAAUGGCAGGUCCAUCAUGCUCCACAGGUGGAAGGAUAUUGGCAACAUAGCACACAACAAGUCAGCCAUCUCUGUGGAGAUCACCAGUAAAGAGGACACCAUCAUGUUUCACACUGAGGAUAUGGAGAUGGCAAAGUACAUUGCCCGCCUCUUCACCGCCAGACACAAGUUCUACAAACAGAACAAGAUCUGUGCAGAGCCCGCCCACUCCCCCGCACCCAUCCGGAGACGACCAACCUGGACCCACCGCCUCUCUCUGCCUCGACCUCAGUCCUGCAUCCUCCAGCCCAUGCACUCCCAGUACGAGGGCCACUACCAGGACACACAGAGUUCGCAAGACAGCAUAUUCCACGACGACCCGUAUUACAAGUCCGAGACCAGUCUGGACCGCUGUCCCGUCGACUUCGGCGGCGGCGGCGGCGGCUUCCGGAACGGCACGGCCCCCAACGGCAGCAUGUACAGCAGCCCCAGCCUGGGCUCCCUCAACCACUCCCAGACCUUCGUCCAGCCCUCGCCCAUCUCCUCCAGCCUCAGCAUCCCCGGCAGCGAGCUCAUGCGGCCCGACUACAUCCCCAGCCACCGCCACAGCGCCAUCAUCGCCCCGUCCUACAGGCCCACGCCCGAGUACGACGCCGUCAUGCGGCAGCAGAAGCGCCACGUUGUGCCCGCCCACCACGACCUCCACAGCCAAUCGCUGCGCAGCCUGAAUAUCAGCAACACGUACGCGUACCGCCAGCCCGAGGCGCUGGUGUACAGCCAGCCGGAGAUCGGGGAGAGGGGGCCGUACGGAGGUCUGGGGCCCGGUCCCGGGGCCUACACGCCACAGGUCAGCUACAGCAAGCCCGUGUCUCAGUCCCACCACCGAGGGGCGCCGGGUAGCGGGCAGGGCCCCUGCCAGUCAGCCUGCAGCGGAGGAGGUGGCGGAGGCGGUGGAGGCGGAGGAGGCGGCGGAGGAGGAGGCGUGUCCAUCUCCCACACCGUCAGCACGCCCGAGCUGGCCAACGCCAAGCACCAGGGCGCCAACGCCGCCGGCUACGCCGCCACGACGGCCAACAUGCUGCGCAACCACAUGUCGCGGCCCCCCCCGCCCUACCCCACCUUCCGGCCCGCCACCAGCACCCCGGACCUGGCCAGCCACCGGCACCGCUGCAUCGGGGGCAGCAGCCCCGAGCUGGUGACCCGCAUGGUGCAGCUGUCCGUGAAGACCUUCCAGCCCGACAGCUCGGCCGUGGUGCACCAGUCCCUGCAGGAGGUCAGCCAGCUGCUCACCGUGGCCAAGCACCACCGCUCCACGCUGGGGAAGAGGCACAGCAUGGAGGUGGUCAGCUGCAUGAGAGCCGGGGGCGGCGGGGCGGAGGGCAUGGUCCUGAAAGGCAUGAACGCCCCCCUCCCUCGGAGGAACACGCUGAGGGAACAGGUGAUGCCCCAGCCCCAGGCUCAGCCCCGGGAGUCGAAGGUGAUGCCCGCUCGGAUGCCCUCUCCGAAGGCCCUGGAGGCCCCCGGAGGCCCGGUGGUGUCGCAGGGCGUGGCCUACCAGCACCAGAAGACCUUAUCCAACGCCACCAUGCUGAUCCACAGCAGCGAGAGCGAGGAGGAGGAGGAGGAGGAGGAGGAGGAGGAGAGGCCCGAGCUGGACGUCCAGAUCCCAGGCCUCAACGAAGACAUUAGUAUCAGUGCCCAGCUCCAGGCUGCCCUGGCCAAGCUGCCCAAUAAGCCCCCUCCGGAGUACCCCGGGCCCCCCAGGGCUUCCAACAACGCCCCCUUGCGGCACCACAACCACACUCACCACCACAACCAGAGGCCCCAGAGCCAGGGACCCACAGAUGCUCUCCAAGCCCAGGCCCGGUUGCCGAAGGCUGGGCAGGGUCAAGGCGGAGGUGGGGGUGGGGGGGGAGGUGGUGGAACUCUGACCCGUGGAGACCAGACCGGGAUGAAUGGGGCACUUCUGGGUCCAUCGAUCUCAGAACCCGACCUGACCAGUGUGAAGGAGAGAGUAAGGAAGGAGCCCGUGAAAGAGAGACCGGUAUCGGAGAUGUUCUCCAUUGAGGACAGUAUAGUGGAGAGAGAGAUCGCACAAAGGACGCUGGAGAGACAGAAGUUGUCUGUGGACUCGGUGAAGAGGCCGCUGAUGAUGGCGGCGCUCAACGGCCUCUACGUGGCCCGAGUACCGGAGAGCCACCAGGAGGACGGAGGCGCCAAGGCUGCCCCAGACGAGAGGUGUAAGACUCUAGAGCUGCAGAUGGAGGAGGAGAGGGUCUUCACAGAGUACGAGCAGAUCCCAAAGAAGAGGGCGGACUGUGUGGUCACCACGGCGAUGCUGGCUGACAACAGCGAGCGGAACCGGUUCCGUGACGUGGUUCCGUACGAGGAGAACCGGGUGGAGCUGGUCCCCAACAAGGAGAACAACACAGGAUACAUCAACGCCUCUCACAUGAAGGUGACCAUCAGUGGGGAGGAGUGGCACUACAUAGCCACCCAGGGUCCACUAGCCAACACCUGCGCGGACUUCUGGCAGAUGGUCUGGGAGCAGGGGGUCAAUGUCAUCGCCAUGGUUACUGCUGAGGAGGAGGGUGGCAGGGCUAAGAGUCAUCGCUACUGGCCCAAGCUGGGCUCCAAACACAACUCGGCCACCCAUGGGAAGUUCAAGGUCACCACCAAGUUCCGCACGGACUCGGGCUGCUACGCCACCACGGGGUUAAAGGUCAAGCACCUGCUGUCGGGCCAGGAGAGGACGGUGUGGCACCUGCAGUACACGGAUUGGCCCGACCACGGCUGCCCUGAAUACGUCCAGGGCUUCCUCUCGUACCUGGAGGAGAUCCAGUCCGUGAGGAGGCACACCAACUCCAUGCUGGACACCUCCAAGUCCCUCAACCCUCCGGUGGUGGUCCACUGCAGCGCGGGGGUGGGGCGCGCCGGCGUGGUCAUCCUCACUGAGCUCAUGAUCAGCUGUCUGGAGCACAACGAGAGGGUGGAGGUCCCCACCAUGUUGUGUGGUCUAAGGCAGCAGAGAAUGCUGAUGGUCCAGACCAUCUCCCAGUACAAGUUUGUCUACCAGGUCCUCAUCCAGUUCCUCAAGAACUCUCGUCUCAUCUGACAUCUGACCCCUGACCCCUGAACUGCGACCUGAAUGGGACAAGACUCUGCAGGAGGGCGACAGAUAACAACUUCUGCAGAGUAGUAUGACCAAUGAAAGUUAGCUCUGUAGUUCGUAUGCUCUGAUUGGUCCGAAUUGGCUAAUGGACCAAGGUGGACAGGUUUGGCUAGUAUGGUGUGGAGUCCCAUACAGCUCUGGAAGGCUGUGUGAUGCCGACACCAUGUUGCUCACCCGCAUCCUGUCUCUUGGAGGGGGCAAGCUCAAGCAAUGUUUCCAAUUGGAGCACAAGAAAGUCAGAAUGCGUGUGGUCAGAAAUGCUUUGACUCAAGCGGUCAUAAAAUACCUCCAUGUCUCUCUUUCAUACAGUUGGCGUUAGCCUAGCUAGCUCGUGGCUGGUCAAGGAGAAGAGGGAGCUGGUAGGAGUGUUACAAAACAAGCUAACAUGUUAGGUGCUAACUGCUAGAGCUUAAUGCUAUCAUUGUUUAUCGUGGCACUUUUCCCUUUUGUGCUGACAUUCGAUAAGCAGGCCAAUUUUCCAAGUUUGAUCAGAGAUAACAUAUUUUUUUAUUACAUUGUUUUGGCACUGGAUAUAUAAACAGUAUUUCAAUCAAAUAUAAACAGUAAGCUAGACAUAUUAAUUCCUGUCAUUUUCACAAACGUCUAUGCCUGUAGUGCCAGUGCUGCAGUUGCUUUUAUGAACACCAGGGUGUAGUGUUGUUUGCUUUUUCAUUUACGUGGAAACAAGGUUAUCAAAUCAUUUCAAAAGUUUUCCCAAUGUUUGAAAGCAACUGCCAAAAUUAUUCUAGGCCUUCGUUGUGGCAGUCCGAUGUAAAGUACAAUGAAGAUUCGUCUAAACAUUUCAAUAUAAUUUUUUUACAUGUAUUUAUUUCUCAUAACUAUGGUGAUAUCUGAGUUCAGCCAAUUGUCAAACAAGCAGAUAAAUAGUCUUUCUCGUCAACAGUUUUCUGUAUGUCUGAGAAAGGUUUCUAAAUGGUUUGCCAAACUUAUGAUGCCUUGAAGUCAUGUCCCUUCCUCGCUCUGUUCCCCUCGUUACAGCUAUUUUUGGUUCUUUUUCACACAUGGUUUGGCUCAGUGAGGCCUUAGCAAUCAUGUUUAUAUUUAAAACUUCUGGCCACUUGGAACAUUAUUAAUACCCAGACUUCCCAGCCUAUUAUUUGAGCAAUGUCCAAUGUUCCACAACGAUGCAGUCCAUUUCCCAUUCUAUUUAACUGGAACUUUUAACACAGCUUAUUUGGAACUUUCUAGCACUAUCAUGGCUACAUCGUGUCAGUGCUGACUCAGCGUGAGCUCAGUUCAGGCACUCGCUCAGAGCUUCCUUCUGAAGGAGUCAAGGCAUUCCCUAACAGUGUUUUACUGUCUGUGUCGUGUGUCUUGUCCUGUCUGAGAGACCCGUGAAGACCUGUGUGAUGAUAUAAAGAUACUAACCCAAAAGACCAAAGGACAAGGUCGUACGGUGUUUGUAUUAAAUUCGAGUUUGGUGUCUACAUGUGCGCUGUUGUAGCCUCCAGUACAAGACAGAGGGCAAUAGCAAACCCUCCCAUGGCCCUGGUGUCCAGACUCCCAAAUACAUUUGAAAAAUACUUCCUGUUUGUUUUUGUAGUCUUAUCGUGCCACAGUAAUGGCCUCAAUUCCCUCAAAGUCCUACUUCCCCAGAGUUUGUCUAUGGGUUUAUCCAGUGCAGUGGAUGCAUUGCAUCCUGGGAUAAUGUGUUUCACAUGUUUAUAACUACACGGAGAGCAUGUCAAGAAAAACUGUCUCAGUCGGGGGGCUUUUUUUUGUACCACCUGUUGGUACCCAGAUAGGUCGAGUUUCUAUGUGCACACAUAGAACACACAGCUUUGAGUAUGGCUGACUUUAGAUCCUCUUCCUUCUGUCUGUGAGUUGUGGCACAAUGUCAGCCGUGUCCAAAGCUACGUUUGUACAUAUUGGGCAUGCGAGAGAAUAUUUCUACAAAUGUUUGUAUUUUUUUUUGACUUGGUACCCUUAAAAUACCGCAAGAUGACAAACUAUGCAUGCUUUUUAUAUUCCAAUGUAUAUAUCUAUACUCAGAUAUAAGUUUAUAAGCUUUCUGCUCUCACGGCAAGAGCACACUAUUGCCAUUCUUCUGUUUUGUUGACAGUAUUUUCCACGUUUCAUUCCACAGACGUUUUUCAAUGACAUAUUCCACCCCGUGUUUUUGGCAUAAGUCCUGAAGACCUCUGUAUGUGUUCUGUACAUAUGUUUUAUAUAUAGGCUAUGCUCUGCCAGUACAUAAACAUUUUUUUUUUCUGCCCCCAAAUGCGUAUGAAGCUGUCAUACACUCAUUAUGCAAUAAAGCCUUAUUUUCUCUA